GCCGCGUGGGCGCGGGCUGAGCAGCGGGUAGGCUCGCCUGUGCCAACGCCCUUUAGCGCUGGCUCUCGCCGGAGACGGGAGCGGCUCUUUCUCUCCGCCACAGCCCCGAGCGAGGCAGCCGAUCGGGUGGCGCCCGCGGCCCGGCCUACCGCAGCGGACUCAGGUUUUGAGGUACAUUCUCACAUUGCUAGUGUGACGUCCCCAGCUUCUCCUGCUUUUGCUACUAUACUGCUCUUGCCCCACUGCCAGCCACCAUGGAUAAGACCGAGUUGAUCCAGAAAGCCAAGCUGGCUGAGCAAGCUGAGCGCUAUGAUGAUAUGGCCACCUGCAUGAAGGCAGUAACUGAGCAAGGUGCCGAGCUGUCCAACGAGGAGCGCAACCUGCUCUCGGUGGCCUACAAGAACGUAGUGGGGGGGCGGCGCUCUGCCUGGAGGGUCAUCUCUAGCAUUGAGCAGAAGACAGACACCAGUGACAAGAAGAUGCAGCUUAUCAAGGACUAUCGGGAGAAGGUGGAGUCUGAGCUCAGGUCCAUCUGCACCACUGUGCUGGAGCUGUUGGACAAAUAUUUAAUAGCUAAUGCAACUAAUCCAGAGAGCAAGGUAUUCUACCUGAAGAUGAAGGGAGACUAUUUCCGAUACCUUGCUGAAGUUGCCUGUGGUGAUGACAGAAAACAAACAAUAGAAAACUCACAGGGAGCUUACCAGGAGGCAUUUGAUAUCAGCAAGAAGGAGAUGCAGCCAACACAUCCAAUUCGCUUGGGUCUAGCUCUUAACUUCUCUGUAUUUUAUUAUGAGAUUCUCAACAAUCCUGAGCUUGCCUGCACACUGGCAAAGACAGCGUUUGAUGAGGCUAUUGCAGAACUUGAUACACUGAACGAAGACUCAUACAAAGACAGUACUCUCAUCAUGCAGUUGCUUAGAGACAACCUAACAUUAUGGACAUCAGACAGUGCAGGAGAAGAAUGUGAUGCUGCAGAAGGUGCAGAAAACUAAACUGCACGUGGGGCGUCAUUCUCCCUUUCCUUCUCAAGAAACCUUUUUACACGUCUCCAUUCCUUAUAGCUCCACUUGGAUUUCCUAUAGCAAAGAAAACCCAUCCAUGUGUAUGGAAAUCAAUUUAUAGUCUUUUCACACUGCAGCUUUGGGAAAACUCCAUUCCUUGAUUUGUGUUUGUCCUGGCCUUCCUGGUGUGCGGUUACUGCUGUAGAAAAGUAUUAAUAGCUUCAUUUCAUAUAAACAUAAGUAACUUCCAAACACUUAUGUAGCGGACUAAAGUGUACCUGGUAUUUAAAAAGAAAUCUGAACCAGUUCCUGCCAGUUGACUGUGUUUUGUAUUACAGUAAGAUAUGAAAAUGUAGUUAAUUGCAACUAAAGAGUGUUCCACAUAGCUUUUAAUUCUCCACAUUCCCUUCUUAUUCUGCAGGGUUUCCUUUCCAUAAUUGACUUUCACAUGCUACUGUGUAUUCUUUUCAGUAGGAAUAUGGAAGUAUUGGGCCAGAUCAAGUUGAGCAUUUCUAGUUUGGAAAAUGACAAAUUGACUUGCUUCCUGUAUCAUGUAAUACAGAAGCUUGUGUGUUCGAAAACAGGGGCUUCUCUUAAUCUUCAGUUGCUGCUGUUUAAGUUGAUAUCCCUUCCCAAUAAAAGUUCACUUACACUCCUGCCUUUGUAGUUCUGGUAUUCACUUUACUAUGUAUUAGAAGCAGCAUGUUACUGCCGGAGUACAGGCAGUGCUUUUUGGCAGACUAAAGUGCAUGUCAUUUCUUAAUACACUGGAAUGGGAAAACCAAUUGAAGUUCACAUGUCCAAGUAUAAAAUUUAGUACUUUUCCAUGCAGGUUUGUGCACAUGUGAGAAGGUGUCAAGUUUGUCCAGUGAUUGUUAUUUAGAGAGUUUGGACCACUAUUGUGUGUUGCUAAUCAUUGAUUGUAGUCCCAAAAAAGCCUUGUGAAAAUGUUAUGCCCUCUGUAACAGCAAAGUAACAUUAAAUAAAAUUACAUUUUAUAAACCA